AUGGCUAGUGACAAAGACCAUGUCUCCUUUGCUAAAGAGAUUCUCUCAGGUCUAAAACCAGAAGCAGUGGUUCUAACAGAAGCUGAUAUUGCUGGAUCUAAGGUUAGAUCAACGGCCUCUUCUGUUUUGAAGGAAUCAUGGACAAAAGCUGCUGAUGAAUUGGGAUCAGGGUCUAUGGAAGUUUCAGAAAACAAAACUGUGUUUGACGCUUUAAAGCUUGCAUAUAAGAUUCUCACCGAUGAUGAUAUAACCGGUGACUCAGGAAUGGUUAUAGUCACAGGUUCACUUCACAUUGUAUCCUCAGUCUUAGCUUCUCUUCAACAUUGA